AUGUUAAUUUCAUGUACUCGACAUAGUGAAAAAUAUGCUGUUGUAGUUGGUAUAGAUUUUGGAACAUCAGCAAGUUCCUUUGCAUAUGCUUACAAAAUUGGUUCGUCAAAGCCGGAAAUAGUAACCCAUGAUAAAUGGCCAGACCAACCUGGUGGUGGUGUGUUUAAAACCGACACAGCAUUACUAUAUGAUACACAAACUUGGAGUAUUGCUGCAUGGGGAGCAAGUGCAAUGGUUUGUAAACCUGAAAAAAAGAAAAGAAAAAACCAAAAGAAUAACAAUGAUGUUGUUUGCGGCGAUGGUGGUAGCGUUAUAGCGCCUAAAAAAGGAGGAUUAUGGGGUCCUAAUAGUACAUUGCUUAUUGGUGAUAGCAACAAUAUUAAUAUUAAUAGUCCAAAGACAAUAUCAGCCACCAUGUUCAAAUUACAUUUGGCUGAUUUGAAGCAAGAAGAUAAACCACAUUUACCUAUGAAUAUCGACUAUAGAAAAUAUGUAGAUUUUUAUCGUAAUGUCCUAAUAGUAUUAACAGUUCCUGCAACAUACUCGGAAAGAUCAAAAGCAAUAUUACGUGAAUGUGUUUGGCGUGUAGGCCUAAUCGAAUCCAUAAAUGCAAAGAAUCUUGAAUUCACUACAGAACCUGAAGCUGCUGCUAUUGAUUGCAUUCCACUGCUAAAACAAUAUGGAUUAAAGAGCGGAAGUGCAGUACAGUAUGGAUUAGAUAUGAGAACGGUGACAACAAGAGUUUUACGAUACACAUAUGGUGUUCAAGUGUUGGAUAAAUGGAAUAAGAACGAUGAGAGUUGGAAUAAUUUAAAGAUUCAAGGAGGAAUGGGAUAUCUUAAAGGAUUAAAUCCAAUAUUUAUCAUAUCAAAUACAACACUCAAUCCAUUCAAUCUAUCAGUAAAAAUUAAUCCAGCGGCAAUCGCCUGA